AUGGACGGCUUGGCAAUGAAAAAAUACAGGAGGGAGCCCUACCACAGAAUCUUUGUCAACAGAAGCUUGGCAAUGGAGAAGAUUAAGUGCUUUGGCUUUGAUAUGGAUUACACUUUAGCAGUGUAUAAAUCACCCGAGUACGAGUCUCUGGGAUUUGAGCUGACGGUCGAGCGGCUGGUCUCCAUUGGUUACCCCCAAGAGCUGCUCAGCUUCGUCUACGACCCAUCAUUUCCCACCAGGGGCCUUGUGUUUGAUACUAUGUAUGGAAACCUACUGAAGGUUGAUGCUUAUGGUAAUAUUCUGGUCUGCGUCCAUGGAUUCAACUUCCUCCGGGGCCCAGAAAUCCGCGAACGGUACCCAAACAAGUUCAUCCAGAGGGAUGAUACAGAGCGUUUUUAUAUCCUUAACACACUCUUCAACCUACCAGAAACCUACCUCUUUGCUUGCCUGGUGGAUUUCUUCUCCAACUGUGACAGAUAUAAAAGCUGUGAAACCGGCUUCAAAGACGGGGACCUCUUCAUGUCCUACAAGAGCAUGUUCCAGGACGUCCGGGACGCCGUGGACUGGGUCCACUUCAAGGGAACCCUGAAGGAGAAGACCGUUGAGAACUUGGAGAAGUACGUAGUGAAAGAUGGGAAGCUGCCUCUUCUCCUCAGCCGAAUGAACGAGGUUGCCAAAGUUUUCCUGGCUACUAACAGCGACUACAAAUACACAGAUGGAACCCUGAAGGAGAAGACCGUUGAGAACUUGGAGAAGUACGUAGUGAAAGAUGGGAAGCUGCCUCUUCUCCUCAGCCGAAUGAACGAGGUUGCCAAAGUCUUCCUGGCUACUAACAGCGACUACAAAUACACAGAUAAAAUCAUGACCUACCUGUUCGACUUCCCACAUGGCCCAAAGCCGGGUUACCCCCACCGGCCCUGGCAGUCCUACUUCGACUUGAUUCUGGUGGAUGCCAGGAAACCGCUGUUUUUCGGGGAGGGCACAGUGCUCAGACAAGUGGACACGACCACAGGACGUUUAAAGAUAGGAACUUACACCGGACCUCUCCAGCAUGGAAUAGUGUACUCUGGAGGAUCCUCAGACAUUGUGUGCGACCUGCUGGGGGCCAAAGGAAAGGACAUAGUGUACAUCGGGGACCACAUCUUUGGAGACAUCCUCAAGUCCAAGAAACGGCAGGGCUGGAGGACGUUCCUGGUUAUACCUGAGCUGGCCCAGGAGCUGCACGUCUGGACCGACAAGAGCUCAUUAUUCGAGGAACUUCAAGGUCUGGACGUCUUCUUGGCCGAACUUUACAAACAUCUGGACAGCAGCAGUAACGAGAGGCCCGACAUCAGCACAAUUCAGAGAAGAGUCAAGAAAGUGACCCACGACAUGGACAUGUGCUACGGGAUGAUGGGCAGCCUUUUCCGCAGCGGCUCCAGACAGACGCUCUUCGCCUCCCAAGUGAUGCGCUACGCCGACCUGUACGCCGCCUCCUUCAUCAACCUGCUGUACUACCCCUUCAGCUACCUGUUCAGAGCUGCACACGUACUGAUGCCCCACGAGUCAACAGUGGAACACACCCACGUGGACAUAGACACAGAGUCGCCGUUGGCAACGCGCAACCGCACGCACUGCAGCGACUGUAAGGAGCUGGAGUGCAAACGCAGCCAGCUUACCCGCUCCUUCAGCGAGAUCAAACCUCCCAACCUCUUCCCCCAGACUCCCCAGGAGAUCACUCACUGCCAUGAUGAGGAUGAUGAUGAGGAGGAGGAAGAAGAGGAGGAAGAGUAA